AUGCUGAUGGCACCUAGAAGAAGCUACUGUGCCCUGGCCAUCUUGUUGGCAUUUGUGGACAUCCAAUCUGGUGGAUGCAUAAAUAUCACCAGCUUAGUUUCCCAGGAAGGAAAGCAGCUAAAGUUAAUCUGUACUGUGUGGAUCAAGAAAGAAGAGGCUGAGGGGUUUGUAGUGUUUUUAUGCAAGGACAAGUCUGGGGACUGUUCCCCUGAGACCAGCUUGAAACAGCUGAGACUUAAACGUGAUACUGGUGUUGAUGAAAAGUCAUCUCAGUUGGUGUUCACCAUAAACCAACCCACACCACUCGACACUGGGACCUAUCAGUGCUGUGCCCGAAGUCAGAAGCCAGAUAUCCACCUUCAGGGCCAUUUUUUCUCCAUUGUAGUCACAGAGUCAGGGAACUACACAGUGACAAGACUGAAACAAAGACAACACUCCAAGUUGAGCCAUAAUGAAGGCAUUGUGAGUUCAGGCUUCCUACAUGCAAAGGUCUGGGUGAUGCUGGUCACCAGUCUGGUGGCUCUUCAUGCUUUGUAAGCCUUGUGCCAAAAGAAACUUUAAAGAAUCUGAGGAAAUACAAGCUAAGGCCUAACAGUGCACUGCUUGACCUUCCCUCUUCACUGCCCGCUUCCCUCCUCUGCAGCAAUAAAUAAAAAUAGCUUUUCACAAAAGUGGCUGGUGUGCAGUUUUCAAAUAUUGGAUAAGUAUGUGCAUUUCUGUA